AUGGCCCACGGCCGCACGCUGCCCGCCACCGCCGCACUGCAGGGCUGGGGCGACCCUCCGGACCCCCUGGGCUACAGCAGCAGCUCUCCCGCAGCAUCGCCCGACUCCUGCGGGCUCGCGUCCCCCGCCGCCGCUCGGGGACCCUGCCGCGGGCACGCCGCGCCCCGGCCGCGGGGCAGGAAGGGUGUGCGGGGCGGCGGGGCGGCGGGGGCGCCCCGGCAGAGCGCCAGCGAGCGGGAGAAGCUGCGGAUGCGGCGGCUGGCGCAGGCCCUGCUGCGGCUGCGGCACUACCUGCCCCCCGCGCUGGCACCCGCCGGGCACACCCUCACCAAGAUCGAGACCCUGCGCCUCGCCACCCGCUACAUCGCGCACCUCUCCGCCCUGCUGGGGCUCGGCCGGGGGGCGCCGGCCCCCCGACACUGUCCCCUGUGCCCCCGGGGCCUGGGGUGCUGCCAGGACACGGACCCCCGCGGUGCUUCGCCGCCCGGCGCUGCGGGCUGGGGGUCACCUCCCGUGGUGGGGACACCCCCGGAGCUGCACGGGGCUCCCGGCAUGGGGAGCUGGGGGUCACCUCUCUGCAGCCCUGCUGCGGGCACUGCCCCAGAGCUGCUUGGGGGUCCGGAGAUGGGGUUAGACACCUGGGGGUCACCCCCCUACACCCCUGCUGCAGCAACCCUCCCAGAUGUACUUGGGGGUCCGAGCCUCGGGAUGGAGACCUGGGGGUCUCCCUCCUACAUCCCUGCAACCGGGACCCCUCCAGAGGUGCUUGGGGUUUCCAACAUCCAGACGGAGACAUGGGGGCCACCCCCCUACGUUCCCUCAGUGGGAACCUCCUCAGAUCUGAACAAGGCUGUCACCUCCACUGCGUCCCCCUGGCUGACCCCUCCCCACUCUGCAGGGGCUGCGGCCCCCCCGGAUCUCCCUGGUGAUGUCCUGGACACGGGACUGGUGCUGUCAGAGUUCGUGGGCACAGGGACAGUCACCCAGGAUCUCUCCGCGGACCUGCUCUCGCUGCUGGAGGCUCUGUUCCCACCACAGCCCAGAUGAAUCCCCGGGCCUGGAGCACCCAGAGCCCCACGAUGCCUGUGUGUGUCCCCGCAGCCUGGCACACGCAGCCCUCGGGAUAGCUGCAGGAACGAGCUGCCCCGCCGGAGCCCGGAGCCGUGCUGGACGCGCCGGGCGGCGGCUGGAUGUGAAUAAACCCUUGAGCCCUC